UUUAUGCUUAACACUACAUACGAAUUAUAAAUUAUUUUAAAGGACGGUUGAAAAAAACUUGUGUUGCCACUGCCAUUUAAAAUGUCGCUGAAAUUAAUCGUCUUUGGAGUUUUUUUUAUUUUCAUUCAAGGAAUCCAAGCAAGUUGUGAACACUGCAGAGAUACGAAUUGGUGGGAAGGUCAAAGCAAAGUAGUCAAAGGUGCUGUUCUGUUUUCUGUCAUUUUUGCAAUAAUCAUUCCAUGCAUGCUAUGCUGUUGUUGUUUUUGUCACGCUAACAACACCUCAACAUCGGUAAUUGGAAGACGACAUGGUCCAGGUCACUUGAACACAAUUUUCAACAAUACGAACAUGAUGGAACAGCAGACGAACAUACCGUAUGAAAGACAGUUAUAGUUUAACGUUUGAAAAAAAUUUGUAACCAUAUUUUGCUAAACUUUUUUUAAACUAAUGAUUGUUGUACCGAUU